AUGUCUGCCCCUACUCACCCUCAAUGGGCGGCAAUGCCACCUAUCAUCGGCUUUCAGGUGAUGGCUAAAGAUGGAAAAAAGGUUCCCCCGUGCGAGUGUGACAGCUGUGGACAGCAAUUCAUCCGAGCAGACAAGCAGAACUACGACCUCUUCAGAUACGAAAACAUCGUUCCUCCAGCCGAAGCCCAGUCCACGAUCACCGCAUUUGUGACUCAGAUCACAAUCGAUAGAGCUUAUCUGGCCGGACUUUGCGACAAGUUCGGAAACACGAUUCUUAGUAGAUGGAGAAAGAAGAGUCAUGACAAGCGCGAGACAAUCUUGCUAGAAGCGGAUCCAACCAUCGAGAAGCAGGCUUGGUACAGACUGCGCAACGAUGGUGGUCCUUGGAGACCAGAACGUCAGCUCCACAGAAAAGUCAGGUUGCUUCCAUACAUGUGCACCACAACCAUGAAGCCGAAUCCAUCAGUGCUCCUAGGACUGAUCCACAAUCGCGUCCGUCACUCCCCACAGGAGUGGGUACCUUUCGACAAUGAUCUGAUCAGGCAAGGGUGGGAAAACGGAACCCUCGGUCUGGACUAUUGUGGGAAUCACUGCAUUGUCAUGCAUGGUGUCAACUACGGUCAACUCGUGCCAUGGAACAAGGAGGCUGCGGAACGAUGGGAUAUCAUUGGAUAUCCGCGUGCUCGUUUGAUUAUUGAAGCGCAAGCUCUCAUGUUCUCACGUUCCCGGUCCAUCGUGGACCUCAUAUUAGAGGGCGUCAACGAUGACAGCGCUCACGGUUCAGACAAGUGGCAAGCGAUGGUUGUAGCCGGCUCCAAGCAGUCCAACAGCACCGAACUAUGGUCAGACUACAUCAACCAGCCCUUCUCAAAGCCUCCUAGGUUUGACGUCGACUACUACUGUUCAGUAGCCAAGGCUCGUUUACAGGCAGCCCAAGACCAUCUCUGGCUGUUCCAGACGGAUCCCUCCUACACACGCCGCUUCAUAAGAGUCAUGGCUGCCAGCGAACUAUACAGAACCGAUUGGAAGUACGACAUCAUUGCACAAGACAUCCAUCAAGCUGUGGUGGACUGCAUGAGGUGGCAACAGCUGAGUGAAGAAUGGUCCGGCAUCAAAGACCAAUACAACCGUUACCGAGACAGUAUUCACCCAGGUCAACUACUCCCAAAAAGUCUAGAGCUAAGCCUAGCUUUACUUGAGGGUGCUCUUCUUGUGAUCUUGGAGAAGUGGAAUAAUUAUCUCAGGAAGUAUAUUCCGCAGCGUCCUGGAUUUCAGCAUCUUUGGACAACAAAGCCCGCUCCGAAAGGAACCACUUCCGAAGGAAAGCGAGUGUUCGGAGAAAUUGAACGCAAGACGUCCAUCAAACAGGGAUGGAAUGAGGACCCGCUCGACUGGAUUGUAAUGAAUCUACUGAGCCACGCAAAUGCUGAAAAUCGCUUUGAUCAAUCCGAGCUUCUCGCCAGGCUAGAGGCCCACGUGGCAGAGACGAAUUCAACAGAGCGUGCAAGACUGGACGAAACCAUCUAUGCAAAGAUGUCGGAUUCUGCAGCACUACACGAAAUGCUUUCCGCAGUGAGACUGCAUCGUCCUGCCUUCAAUCGGCGCAGCGUAUUGGAGAUAUUGGAUAUGGCCAAGCAAAACUCGACUCUUUUCACUAGAAGCCUAGUAUCUGGUGACGGCCCAGCCAAGGUUUAUGCGUUCAUGCCGGGCUCUCUCAAGUUGUUCGAUCAGAUGGGACCUGCCGUCGGACGCAAGAGCGAGGCAUGGCUCAAACACAGGACCGCUGAGCGCAAAGCUUUGAACUCAUUCUGGACUCAAGCUCAUGAGACUAUGCGCGUGGAGCUGAACACCACAAAGCUGAGGCAGGAGGAAAUUAACGCCACUCUUGCCAUCAUCUCAGUGUCCUCCACCACCGGGUACGCGGAACUCGUAGAAGCUGAGCGCCUUGAGACACUGGAAGCAAUCAGAGACGCCGUUGUAGCCAAGGAGGUGAAGAAAUCAAUCUCAAAGGAAGUCUUUUCGAAAGGCGAUCCAGACGUAUCGAAACUCGCAAUUGCAGAGCGAGCACCAAAGCCGAAGACACGCCCGGCCGCACCGAUCGAUGCACCAGACGAUACUCCAGCUCUAUCCAAGCCCGGCGAAGAAAACCCAAUUUCCAGACAACAGAUCCCAGCACCUCCACGUGCAUUCGGCCUCGUCAAGAAGAUGUUUCCUGUCACUGCUCAGGAAACAACCGCCAACCUCGACUGGGACAUCUUCGUACACUCAAUGGCCGACCUCAAUUUCGCCGCUCGCAAUGUUGGUGGCUCAGCCGUCGCAUUCGAUCACGCUGCAUCUGGCCGCAAGAUCAUCUUCCACCGCCCUCAUCCCGUCUCCAAGAUCGACAGCGUCAUGCUCCAAUCCAUGGGUAAGCGAUUGAGCAAACACUUCGGCUGGAACAGAGAUAUCUUCGUCGAAGCCUGA